UAUGAUAGCUUAUGAAGGCCCGAUGAUUGAGGCUAUCGCCAACCUCGAUGACGAUGAUUGUUAUUUGGACGACAUCCUCUAGCCAGAGGGUGAGCAAGUUUACUAUGGAAGUGCUCUCGAUCCAGAGGGCAGAACAUUUAUGACUCAUGGCGAAGAUCCCUUUGAUCUAGAAGGAGGAGAAGAGUACUAUGGAAGAGGACGACACCAUGUUUAUGUGGCAUCUUAUUUUGAAGAGACCGAAGAGAUGGUUAACUACGAGCCUCCAAGAGCGGAAAAAGAUUUGGAUCACUAUGCCAAAACCUUGCAAGACUGUGUAAAGUUCAAGCAGUUCUUUGACCAGCUUGGACUUUCCAGGGAGGCAAGAACAAAAAUCACCAAGUCCAUCAUUAAUAUAGUCGAGGCACACCAUGAGGAAUGCAUGUCGACUGAGGGAUCUAUCCCGAGGAAGGCAAAAGAGCAAUCUAGUGCCAUUACUUUCUCCGAGACUGAUCGGAAGUAUCAUUUUUCUCACAACCGCCCGCUUUAUGUGACUGUUUUUAUUAACGGGGUUGAGUUCAAAAGGGCCUUUCUGGAUAGUGGAGCCUCUAUCAACAUUAUGACUCGCGCUACUCUAGAAAAGGCCGGAAACUCUGAAGAGCGCAUUGUGAAGCAGCCGAUAGUCAUCACUGGCUUCGGUGGAGAAAGGAGAGUUACUAUCGGAUGCGUAACAGUUGAUUUAGCCGUCGGAGAGAUUCGCUCGGCCACCAAGUUCCAUAUUAUCGAUUCUGAGGCAUAUUAUCACAUUAUUCUAGGGAGGACCUGGAUGCAUAGAUAUGGGGCUGUACCAUCAAGUUAUCAUCAGUGUGUUAAGGCUAAAUGGGGAAAGAAGACGGUGACAAUUCAGGCUACAGAAAGGCCUUUCGAGAUCCAUGAAGCUCAUUAUUCUGAUGCCAUCUACUUCACCGAACUGGCUGUCGAAGAAGUUCCCACCACCUCUAAGCCUCGAGGGGUCAAAAUUCCUCGUUGGGAGGAUAUCAAAGAUGACAAGGAGCCGAUGGCAGAAUCAAGUAAGCAGGCGAUGUCUAGACUAGAAAGCCCGCCUAUUCCUCGGAAGGUGAUGAAAGUUCGAGAAGGAGGCAAGAUGGUGUACUAUUUAUGAAGGUGCGGGGAGUCGGUUUCUUCAGUCACCGACUCCGAGUCAAAAGAAGAGCCUCCUGACAAUGAUAUAGUAAUAAAGCCUGAAGUGGCUCCAGAAUGUAUGCAAGAUGGGCCGAAGCCUCAGCCCGAACAACUUAUUGAAAUAGAUCUGAGUGAUGGACAAGAUGCACCGAGGCCGG